AGAAUAAUACAAGGUUGCAAAACAGAAAAGCAUAGUAAUUCACAAAAUGAAACCUCAGCAAUUAUAAACUUUCCUACUUAAAAGCAAAUAACUAAGAGGACCCAACUUUCAAAUAUCCGAAUAUGCGCUGAACCGGCAUCUGAGAUGUUCACUUGGAUCUACCAUCACCACCACCAAAACUUCCUUCACAUACUCUCUCUUUCUAUCUCUACCUGUCCUGGUAAAAUCACCAAGGAUUUCCUUUUAUAUAAGUUUGUGAAACAUAAGUUGUUUUAAAAAAAAUUAACUUAAAGAAGAUGCAAUCUACUUAUAUUUUUCCAUACCCUUAAGGUUGUACUAAUACCAAGUUAAUCAAUAAAUGAAGUUGCUAAAAUACUUCCUCUGAUUUCAAAAACUUAGAUAUCCAACCCGAAAGUGUAAUUGUAAUUGAGCCUAGAAUUUUUAUUUGGUUUCCUUGGUUUAGCGGAUUCCUUCCACUGUGCAUCUAUUUCAGUUACAAACUUCGUUGCCUUUUCAUCUAUUAUCCUUGUAUGUCUAGUGGAGAUCCAGUUAUUAUUGCAAGGUCAAAUUCCGUAAAUCCAAACAAGUGAAGUAGAAAUUAACUCCCCAGCAUACUUUUAAGGUAUGAACUGUUCAGUUCUGAGUUUUAUAAAUAUCAACUAAGAUAAUUGCACAUGUAAGAACAGUAGAAAAAUUCCAGCUAACACCUCAGAGACUCCAGAGAAUGUUGCAUCAAACAUUACCCGCAAAAGCCUAUAAGAAACUCCAGAGAUUUUAGUUUGCCAUACUCACCUGUUUUCAGUUUCUUUGCAACUUCAACAUCUCAUGCCAUAAAAGGAAGAUUAUGACCACGACAUCCCAGACGGUGGUGGUGAUCCAGGAUGCAUCAAGAGAUAUCAGUUUCAGUGCAAUAACAUGGGCUGAGCACGGAUUGUUGCUAAAGCCCGGAGAUAGACUCAUUCUUCUUGGAGUUCUUCACCAGGUUAAUACCCCUAGUACGUUAUCUUUCAUGAGAGCCGGAAAAUUUCUGGGAUACAAGAGCAAAGUCGACUCCAGUUCGAUGUUUGGAGCGAACCGGAAGGUUAUUGAGGAAGAAGUUGCACGGAAGAAGGAAGAGUACCAUAACAAUGUGGAGCUGAUGAAGAUUUCUAAUCACUAUGCAGAACAAAAGAUUCUAUUUGAGGUUGAAGUUAAAGUUGGAUCUUCGCCGAAGAUGGUAGCCGUAGAAGAAACUAGGAAUGUGAAGGCAGCAUGGGUAAUCCUUGACAGGCAGAUGAAGAAAGAUAAGAAAUACUUCACAGAAAGGCUUUCAUGUGGUAUAUAUAGAAUGAAACGUGAUAACAAUGUUGAAAAGCUAAGAGGACCAGUAGUAAGAGGACACCACAAAGCUUAUACUGAAGGAAGCGAGACCAGUAAUGUAACAUAUGAUGAGAUGGUACCAGGAAGGCCAGAUGAAGACGAUCUGUUCAGCAAUGAGUUCUCCCCAAGAAGAUCUCCAAUUCCUAAGACAGUCAUGGGUGGUGAUGAAGGAGUAUAUACAGAUGAAAGAAAGCCAUGGAGUGAUACUUCAAGAAUGACUUCAUUUUCCAAAUCCAAGUCAAACGAGCAUCUCACAUUGGAAAAAGUAGCUUCCAGUUCAAGUUUUAAUAACCCCAAGGACUCCUCAUUCCUUCAGGAGGAACAAAGCAACAUAAACAUACCAAGCAAAAUGGCAGAAGUAAGAACUCUAGAUUUCAUCUUCGAAGAUCAAGAAAUGAGACAAAGAAAGGCUAAAAAAGUAGGAACUCAAGCGGAAGAUGGUAAAUGCAAUACCCUUGCGGAGCUAGAACUAUUGACAACUGGACUACAUGCUGGGGCUAUUGAAGCAGAACUUGAGAAUUCCAUUUGUACAGUCUGCAUGAAUAAACGGCCAAACUUCGGAUGGAUGAGUGACUUUACUUAUGCUGAGCUCCAAGCAGCUACUGGCGGAUUUUCACCAGAGAAUUUUCUAUCUGAAGGUGGAUUUGGUUCUGUUUACAGAGGAAAGCUUGGGGAUCUUAAUAUUGGCGUUAAGCAACUUAACCAUGCAAGUUUGCAAGGAGAGAAGGAAUUCAAGGCAGAGGUUCAUGCACUCAGCAAGGCUAGACAUAAACAUGUUGUCAUGCUACUUGGAUCAUGCUCGGAAAGAAGUCACAGACUACUUGUUUAUGAAUUUGUCUGCAAUGGUUCACUCGACAAACAUCUCUCGGAUAGCACAAACAAACCUUUGCGUUGGGAGCACAGGAUGAAAAUAGCUCUUGGAGCUGCUGAAGGUCUAGAUCAUCUGCAUGAAAACAACAUCAUCCAUAGAGAUGUGAGACCAAACAAUAUUCUUGUAACCCACGACUAUGAACCACUGCUUGGAGAUUUUGGGCUGGCACGAACACAACAUGCAGCAUCGGAUCACUCAUCAGAGACCAGGGUGGUUGGGACUUUUUGCUAUUUGGCUCCAGAAUACGCAGCAAGUGGGAAAGUGUCAACCAAGACAGAUGUUUUUUCCUUUGGCGUUGUUCUUUUACAAUUGAUAACAGGUCUGAGAACUACAGAUAAGAAGCUUGGGGAAAAAAGCCUAGUGGGAUGGGCACGUCCACUGCUGAAAGAGAGGAAAUAUCCGGACUUAAUCGACAAGAACCUUAUAGACUCGCAUGAUGUUCUCCAACUCUUUUGGAUGGUGCCAGUAGCUGAAAAUUGUCUUCGGAAAAACCCUGACAAAAGGUUUUCCAUGAAAAAGGUGUUGUAUGCAUUAACAUACCUAACAAAUCGGGUGACAGUUUCUGGUAUUGAAGACUUCUUCCCAUCAAAAUCUUAUUAUGCUAGCGGCUUGCCUCAGUCCAACAGUUGGCAAAAUGAUGGGAGAAUGGUUGAACAGGAAAGUGAUGCGACAGAAAUACCCUCUGGCUCUGGCACAAGUGAAUAAGUGAGUUAUUUCCAUCAGCAUCUUCGACACAAACCUUUUUCACAGCAGCAGACACAUCUGCAAGCUCCCAAAGAUCAUCAUCGCUCAGCGAAAAAAAUGACAGGAGGGAGAAAGCAAAAUCCAGAAGUAGAAUCCAAGUGCCUUAUGGAGAAAUGCUUCACUGAUAUUCUGCAUCUUCAACAAAAACCUUUUCCACAAAGUCUAAAGCAUAUCCACAAGAUCAACAUUAUCAUUUUUAGGCAGAGUAAAGUGUGAAGAAGAAACUUAAACUAGGAAAAAAGAAGAAAACCAGAAAUAGAAUACUUAGUACUUAUAGGAAAUCCCUCAUGUUUUAAUGUCUCAUAAGUCAUAACUAGCGUUUGGUAAAAUGUCUGUAAGGACGUGUCAUAAAAAUAGACUAUACAAGCAAAGAAAUGUGAAAGAAACAAUAGGAUUGUCAUAAUAUUAUUGACAGUUACUUCGCUCUGCAACUGCAUUAUUUUUGAUGUACGUUUUCACAGAGUUCAAAGUCAUCGUACAUAAUUUCCGAGAAUAGACUGACAAGGUUCUUCUA